AUGGGCAUUUCGAUUGGGAAAGUUGGAAUUUACAUUAUGUCUUGGCGGCCAUUGACUUUGACAUCUCAGGAGCAGGAGCUACAACAAAGCUCCUACUUGAUCAUUCGUACUUAAUCAAGAAGGAAGGACAGCAUCAUAGAAGACGAGCUGCACAGUAUUUCCAAGAUUUACCGUCCGCGUCUCUCCUUCUCUCGACUCUAGUGCUCCUACAACAACUUCUAACUCCUUCGCGGACACUCGCAACCAUGCUUUGCGCCUCCUGAACUUCGCCACAAAUACUGUUGAUAGACGAGUGCGGACACUAGCUGGACAUCCUUCUACGCCUGGGGAGCAGGACGGACCCUCUAUGUUCGCAAAACUCCGUUAUCCAAGCUCAUUGGGGCACUAUGAAGACGUAAGGAGUUUGAUGAUGAUAUUGUAGUUCUUUACGUUUGUUGUUUUUGGGUUUUUUGUGUGCAUCAUUCUUCCUUAACGAGGAUCUUUCUUCAUAAGGAGCUCAACUUGUCAACAUCAAAAACAUUGAAAAAGCUGCUUCAUGUCGAUCCCCAAUAAACCAGCCUUCUACAUCACAUCACGAUCACUCAGACUAAAAUCUUCAUCUUGGACAACCACUCGCGAGUACGGCUCUUGUUCCAAGACCAUAUUAUCACUUUGGUCGACGGUGCUUGUCGAGCAUUGAAGAAAAAGGUGUAUCCGAUUCGCAUUAUAGUUCGAGAAGUCGGCUGUCACGACGUUUGGAACAUUCAUAAAUCCGGAAGUCAAGAAACGGCAUUGUUUAAGCCUGCGGUGAUGUGCUCCGGACAUGCAGGGACGUGUGCACCGAGAGACCAUCCUGGAUUGUCAGACGCCCAAGCGCAAAAUCUCUUGACUAUUGCAGCAAGCAGACCACAAAUUACUGGCAGACGCGCUUUGACCAGAAGGGAACUUUACAUUUAUGGUCACAAGUAGAAGUAGUGAUUGCUUUUCUUAUUCACAUUGUAGUUGUAGGUCCUAGUCUUUCUUAGAGUUGUUAGAGGUCUGAGAAAUCCCCUGUUCCUGUUAACGUUAAAAGCUCUUUAUUACGCACCCUCGCCUGUGGGUGAAUAAGAAUAUCCCAUGUUGCCCUCCGUCUCUUUUUAAUACCCGGAGCUAAAGAAGGAGCGCAACGUGACAGAGCUAGCAGCGAUUCUGGGGGCAAAUGACACUAGUAGCAUAAGACGUAGUCUCGAGACCAUGGCAGCUAACAUAGUCAAAGGAGCCGCUGAAGAGAAGGGGCGACGACGUGCUAGGACACCAGAUGCUAAGAUGACCACAACUCCGAGUAGCGGUAACAGUCAAGGCACUGGUACAUUGGCAGAUGUUUCAGGACAUGAAGAAUUUUUGCAUGAUGAAAAAACAAGACAACUGCAUGCUUACGACGAAGACGCUGCUCACUCGCGAGGACAACACAUGAUCGAAACACCUGCAUCGCAUCCAGCUUUCAAAGCAGGAAACACGGAGGAUCCGUAUUUUGUCUCGUCUCCUUUGAUCGAUUCUGCCUAUUUCUCCUAUGAUGGGCCGUCAACGGUUCCUAAUCCAGGUAGCAAUGCUCCGCUUGGAGACAGGAGUACUUGUGGUAGUAGAAGGGCUUUGUCUUUUGGCAGUGGGGAUGAAGAUGCGCAAGUAGGUCGAGAAAAAGGUGCUGUGGACGCGCAGGAGAGAAGGAGUCUCCGUGUAACAGCCGGUGGCGACUUGCUAGCUGCGGAAUCGCUGGAAGAAUUAGCGCCAUGGCGCUUCGUCUCUAGCUACACGCAAGUUGAGGUACCAACAACAGCGCACUUAGAGCGAGUACGCCGAAGAAGAAGGAAGAAGAAGAGACGCUUGGUGGAUGGUUCUGCGUCGCAGGACGGUGCAGAUGCCGUUGCUCCUGCGGGAGAAUUAGCAGACUCUGAGGAGGAAGAUGAUUUUGAACGAGAGGACGACGAAUUAGAUGACGACGAUGAGGAUAGUGGAACCGAGCUGGGAGAACAACUGUUAUGGUUCUCUCUAACUUAGUAGCACUUGGAAUUGAUUUACUCUAACUUAGUAGUUUUUCCACGACAGGUGGACGCGGUGGAGAGAACGACCAUUAGGCUUGGAGUCACGUGAUGGAGACGUUGCGAUGAGCUACGUCCAAUCAUAUAGCUCUAACGCAACACCAACGAUCCAGAGCCCCCAUGAGGAGUAUGGAGGCGGCACCUGCAGGUAAGCCUCGUGGUCUUUUCGGUGACGAAAGUGACCUAAUCAAGAGUAGGGAGAGGAAACGCGGUUACCGACCGCCAGGGGAGACUGCACAAGUGAGAAAUCAUAAGAGGCCGCCACAUGAAACGGGUGUACUAGAACAAUGGAAACGAGUAAAUCAAAUGUUUACGUGGCUCUUUGGCCCUUCAAAGAAAAGCAGGACAAGAAAUGCAAGGUAAGCGCGCACAUCGAUAUCGCCGCGCCAAGUAGAGCCUACCUAAGAUGCGUUGUAAAAACCCCACUCCAAGAAGAAAGAAGUAAUUCCCUUCUACCUGCAAUUUAUCAAGUAAAAGAAGCCUUGAAUGAUCCCAAGUGGUAUCGGCAAC